GACGGUUCCUGCGCCUAGGGUGGCCAUGGCGCCGGGUGGCUGGCAGUGGCUGCGCGGUCUGUGGGCAGCGGGGCAACCCUUGUUCCAGGGCCGUGCGCUUCUCAUCACCAACACUCUGGGCUGCGGCGCACUCAUGGCAGCUGGGGAUGGCGCACGCCAGUCCUGGGAGAUCCGCACCCGACCUGGCCAGAGGUUUGACCGGUGGCGCUCAGCCAGCAUGUUUAUGGUGGGCUGCAGCAUGGGCCCCGUCCUGCACUACUGGUACCUGUGGCUGGAUCGCAUACUCCCUGCAUCGGGCCUCCGAGGCCUCCCAAACAUCCUCAAGAAGGUCCUCGUGGAUCAGCUCGUCGCCUCUCCUAUGCUAGGCGUCUGGUACUUCGUGGGCCUCGGCUGCCUGGAGGGCCAGACACUGGACGAAAGCUGCCAAGAGCUGCGGGACAAGUUCUGGGAAUUCUACAAGGCUGACUGGUGCGUGUGGCCCGCGGCGCAGCUGGUGAACUUCCUCUUCGUGCCCCCCCAGUUUCGGGUCACCUACAUCAAUGGUCUGACGCUAGGCUGGGACACAUACCUGUCCUACUUGAAGUACCGGGUCCCCGGCCCUCUGACACCCCCAGGCUGUGUGGCCCUGGGCACUGGAACGGACUGAGCUGACACCCAGGACUAGAUCCCUGCUCUAGACAGGGCGACAGAGACUAGGAGCUGACCACGCCUCCCGUCAGAAGGGGAGUGGACUCCUGAAGCAGGCGGGGUCCUGGGGCCGGGUCCCAGCCCAUCCGACUCCCAGGCAUCUAGCUGAGCUCCUCCCAAGCUCACAGCGGGCCAUUUCCCAUCUGGAACACAGCCACCAGAUGGACAGUCGUCCCCCAACCCUUUUCACUGGAAGCCUAAUAAGACCUGUGACCAAGAUGGCCCACCUGCAGCACAGGGCCUCGGCCAGCCAGUUGGUCCCAAGCACCAAACCUCACCACUGCCAAGGCCUGGCUCUGGGCCACACAGCCACACUCCAGCUUUUCCAGGCCCCUGGGGACCAAGGCAAGGACAUGGCCGACCCCCUGGAGUAGGGUCCGGCCUGGAGUCAACUCCAAAAGCUUCAAGCAGGACUGGAGCCUCCAGGUCGCUUCUUUGGUCGUGAACAUGGAAAUU